UAACGGAUGAAAAACAAACAGAGAAACGGCAUCGUAUUCUAGGUCGCCCUAGAAAUUUCUCAAAAUUAUAAAUAGUCGAUACAAGUCAUCGUUGGCUCUAUCUUUCUCAUUGACAAAGCUAGGGUUUUGCUUUGUGCGCUAAUCGGAAUCUCUUACAGACAAAUUUGCAGAUCGAAACCAUACGUAAUCGAUUUUUUUAAAUCGAGAAUCGAUUUUUGUCGAUCCUUUGAAGGACUUGAGUAAUGGGAAAGAGGAAGUCAAGGGCGAAGCCUCCACCAAAGAAGCGGAUGGAUAAGCUUGAUACUGUCUUCAGUUGUCCCUUCUGUAACCAUGGCACCAGUGUUGAAUGCCGCAUCGAUAUGAAGAACUUAAUAGGUGAAGCUGUAUGCUUGAUAUGCCAAGAGAGCUUCAGCACCACUAUCACAGCUUUAACCGAACCAAUCGACAUAUACAGCGAAUGGAUUGAUGAAUGUGAACGGGUGAACAACCUUGAUGAUGAUGGUGCUUAGGAGGGAGAAGAUAAUGUCUAGAAAACCAAAUGGGUGUUUGAAUGGAAUAGGUUUUCUUGAAUAUGUUACUAUGAUAGCCGAUGGGGCUUGUGGUUGUGGCACCAUUUAUGGCUUUUAGUAUUGAGUGUUAUGUAGCAAACAGAGAAGUUGUGUAAUUGAAUGUUAGUAAUGGAGUUUGGCAAUAAUGGCUGCUGUAAG